AUGGUUGACAACAUCUUAAUGGACUUUUCAAAGGACUUAACUUUGGUAAUCUACUUUGAUCUCAAGGAUACUGUUGUUUCUGUGGUCACCGUCUAAUUAUUUUAGACGGAAAAAAACAAUAAAGAGGAAAAUCAAAUUAAACUUUUUUUUAAAGAUACUGAGUCCGGACGGGACAUGUAUAGAUACUACAAACUCGGUGUUAUUUUCACAACAGACUACUACCGAACUGAUUGA